CUAUCACAUAUCUAGACAUUUGACUCCCUCCUCAGAGAUCACACAGACUUUCCUACCUCCGCACUUUCAGAAAUCUUCGCUUCUGCAUGAAGGUCUGUCCCUCUUAGGGGGCAGAUGACCUGAGGAGGGGGACGUGGCUGGGAGCUGAGUCGGCAUGCAGGUGUCCUUCGCAUGUUCUGAGCACAGCCUCAAAGGCAGAGGCCCCGAGGAACGACUCAGCCGGCCAGCAGCCAGCAGCCCCAACCUAGGCACCCGCAGCCGCUUCCGCACGGUGGCCAUGGUAGCCCGGAGCCUGGGCCAGCUGUCGGUGCAGAGCAUCCCCAGCACCAGCGAUGCCAACGUGAAGCAGCCAGGGAUGAAGUAUAGGAACCUGGGCAAGUCGGGCCUGCGGGUCUCCUGCCUGGGGCUUGGAACGUGGGUGACCUUCGGAGGCCAGAUCACCGAUGAGAUGGCAGAGCAACUAAUGACCUUGGCGUACGACAAUGGCAUCAACCUGUUCGACACAGCGGAAGUCUAUGCGGCGGGCAAGGCUGAAGUGGUUUUAGGAAACAUCAUCAAGAAGAAGGGAUGGAGGCGAUCCAGCCUCGUCAUCACCACCAAGAUCUUCUGGGGAGGAAAAGCAGAGACCGAGAGGGGCCUUUCACGGAAGCACAUAAUAGAAGGUCUGAAAGCUUCCCUCGAGCGGCUACAGUUGGAGUAUGUGGAUGUGGUAUUUGCUAACCGCCCAGACCCCAACACACCCAUGGAAGAGACGGUUCGUGCCAUGACCCACGUCAUCAACCAGGGAAUGGCCAUGUACUGGGGCACAUCACGCUGGAGCUCCAUGGAGAUCAUGGAAGCCUACUCAGUGGCCCGGCAGUUCAACCUGAUCCCGCCCAUAUGCGAGCAGGCUGAGUACCACAUGUUCCAGCGUGAGAAGGUGGAAGUGCAACUGCCAGAGCUUUUCCACAAGAUCGGUGUUGGCGCCAUGACCUGGUCACCUCUAGCCUGUGGUAUCGUUUCUGGAAAGUAUGACAGUGGCAUCCCCCCCUACUCAAGGGCCUCCUUGAAGGGCUACCAAUGGCUGAAAGACAAGAUCCUGAGCGAGGAGGGUCGGCGCCAGCAAGCUAAGUUGAAGGAGUUGCAAGCCAUCGCCGAGCGCUUGGGCUGCACCCUCCCCCAGCUGGCCAUAGCUUGGUGCCUACGAAAUGAGGGUGUUAGCUCCGUGCUCCUGGGGGCUUCCAGCACAGACCAGCUGAUGGAGAACAUUGGAGCCAUACAGGUACUUCCAAAACUUUCAUCUUCCAUCGUGCACGAGAUUGAUAGUAUUUUGGGCAAUAAACCCUACAGCAAAAAGGACUACAGGUCUUAAGACGGCCCAGCCACAGGCCUGGACAGUUUCUGUUCCCCUCCUAGUCUCUGUCUUCUCGCUUAAGCUGUUCUGAGGCCAAGUCAAGAGUGUGGUUUGCAUCCAGAAGAAAGCAAUGCACCCAGACAUCAUCAGAAAAGAGAGCUCCAAAGUCGCUGCCAGAUACCGUUGCUGCUUUGUGGGACCAAAGUCAGGAGAUGGUCCUGAUCAGGGAGGCUGGUCAGUGGUCCCACCCAAGCCUGCACCUCUGCUCAUUCCUCCAAGAAACCACCUCAAUCUCUUCCAGCUACAGCCAUUCUCAGAGACUCAAGUCCAGGCCAGGCCCAGAUCUGACUGGGGCCUCAGGGCAUGCAGGGCUGGCCUCUCUUCUGCCACAAUCCCCCACGUAAUGUGGGAGGAGGGGAAGAGGAAACUGGAUCUGGAUCCCUCUGCCUCAAGCUCCCUCAGAAAGUCUGGGAGUCUGGUUUCAAGCUUAUUGCACCACUGUCUCCCUCCCUGCACACUCUUGAUGAGCCUGGUGCCAGGGAGGCUGGGAGCACAAGGGGAUAGGAAGGGGCCUGCUGGAGCAGGCUCCAGCCUAGGUCACCUCCAGGGCUCUGCUGGCCCUUGCUGCCAGAUGCCCGGUCCCCCAUUAUCCCCCUACCCCCACCAAAAGGCCUGGGGUUGUGCAUGCCUAGCUGCACUGUGGCUGCCAACUGCACUCAGGACGGCUGCAAUGAGUGGGUGGCAGCAGGCAGGACCCAUGUCCCCAAGGCCACACUCCCUGAAAACCCUCUACAUUCCACUCUAGGUGGUGGCCUGGGGUCUGCAGGGACCCUUGUCCCUGCAGAAUGGAAGUGUGGGGUUUUCUGUGCCAUGUGCUCAGGGGCCCCAGAGCCCAAGCACCCACAUCUGAGCUCCAGAGCACCUCACCUGGGGAGGAGCCAUCUUCCAUAUGUCAGAUCAGAGGGGUGUGAGAGGCCUAGUCUGGGAUGCUAAGUGUCUGGGUACUCAAAUCUAGUUACCUGGGCAGACAGACAGUGGUGCCACCUCCAGGGACUCCCACACUUUGUGAAGAGGGAUGGAUGGCUAGGCUUGGCGAUUUCCUCCCAUACAUCCUUGGCCCCCCAGGAUCAGACUGGGCACAGGGUGGGCAAAUCACUUUGCAGCUACCACCUAGGGCUGAAGGGGUGGGGUAGAGGUGGCCAGAAUGCCCAGCAAACCCUCUUCCCUGCACAGCCCUGAACUAUAUGCUUGGGGAAGAGGGGGUCAGGGAGGGUGCAGGAGCCAAGCUGUACAGAUGAGUCAGCUCACUCUGCAGGGCCCUGUGUGAUGCCUGACUAUACCCCCAAACCCUCUCUCUCCAGGGAAAGAUUCUCCAAUUCAAAGAACCCCUCCCACCUUCCAGACCCCAGGUUGGACUGAGGUUGGGAAAGAGGCUUGAGGGAGAGGGAAAGGGGGAAAGAGACAACCUCCUUGCUCCAGACCCUUGUGCUGAUGCCCACACAUACCAGACCAGGUCCCUGGAGGUGGAAGGGGUCUUUCCCAGGGAGUCUCCCACCAGCUUCACCAGAAGCAGCCUUGUGUGACUGGGGGGUCCACAUCCCUUCAGCACAGGUCCUGCCUAAUCCCCCCUCACACAGUCAGGAGUGUCCUGUCCAAGGGCAAGGCCCUGACAUGGGUCCACCCAGCCUAGCUGGGGCAGCCCUACAUUGCAGCCCCCCAAUCCUAGCCACUGCUGAAAGGUAGACCAGGGCUCACAGUCAGGCCCCAGGUAGGGAUUGUCAACUGAGCCCCUGUUGGCCACAUAUGCACCAAACAGGUGCAUUUUGGCCAAGGCCAAAAUGCCUGGUGCCAGGACCCCAGCAAUUCAUAGCUCUGGGCAUGUUCAAAGCCUGGUUCUGAGGUUCCCAUUUUCCCAGUGGGUCCCACAUUGCUGGGGCUUAGUCCCCCCACUUAGGAGAGGGCUGGAGUUGGGGAGAAAUCAGCUGGAGCCAAUGAAAGAUCAAGAGUAGUCGGAGCCUAAAAACAGAACAGCUGCAGAUCAGGCCCAAGAGGUGGGAGAAAGGGCCCCGUGUAGGGUUUAGGCCAGCUAGUUUGCUCCUUAGACUCCUGGGUUUCACCACCCACCCCUCUGGCUAGGGGGAGCCCUCUAGCUUCCUGAUGCCCAUCUUACUGUCUCCUAGAAGCAUAUUGAGUCCCAAGGUGUCCCAAUAGAAGUUUAUGUAGUUCACCAAAAGUGGAUUGAUUUGGGGUGAGCCUUGCUAAUGAUACCUGGAACACUCCCAUCCCCCAUCCCAAACCUACCCAUCUGAAGUUCCAGGAAUGACAUAGGGACUCAUCCAUCUUCUAUCCCCUCCUGGUCAUGUAAAUAACAUGCUUUCUUCCUCUCCACCUUUUUUUUUAAUGACUGGUCCCUCCUCUGCUAACCUGCAUUCCCCACCAGCAGAGAUGCCCCAGGCCUCGAGCUUCCAGCGACACUCAGUCAAGACAUAUUUAUGGAAUGACAAAAUAAAACCCAACUUCGUCAGGG